UUGUUACUUGUCCUUUUAACUUCACUAUAACAUGGAUAACCUUUCUCCUUCCUUUUUUUUCGAGAGAUUUGCUUAAAUAGGGGCGGAACUGCACAGAACGAAUCAUGAGGAAGCCAGAGGGUUCUGAAGCCGUUGUCGAAGUUAACAAGAAAGGAGAGGAACAGGUCGUGCUGAAUCUGAGCGUUGUUUCCGGUAUGCUGUGCCCGCUUGGUGCUGUAAACCUCUCCAAAAGCCAUCUAGAGGAUCUGCCAGAUUACUUUGACAGCCUUCCCAAACUGCGCGUCCUCAAUGUUUCUGGAAACAUGCUCAAAUCACUGCCUCGGAGCCUUGGCCGUUGUAGCUUCCUCGAGACACUGGAUGCCAGUUUCAACCAGCUUGAGUAUCUCUUCUUGAGCUUUGGAGCCAACCUCCCGAGACUGAAGCGCCUCCACCUCCAGCUCAACAAGCUCAAAGCUCUCCCGGAAAGCAUCGGCAAGAUGGCCUCCCUCGUCCACCUCGAGGUCCAGUUCAACAAGCUGGUGUCGCUGCCUCCCACCAUCGGCGACCUCAAGAGCCUGCAAACGCUCGACGCCAGCGGCAACUUUAGCACCAGCGUCCCAGACUCCAUCGGUUACGCCUCGUCCCUCACGUACUUGGAUCUCAGCUACAACCAGAUCGCGAGGCUGCCACUCUCGGUGGGAAAUCUCACGCAGCUGCAGGAGCUCAAGCUCUUUCACAAUCCUCUAGUAGUUCCCCCACUCGAAGUGGCCGAGCACAGCACUAAAGCGGUGGUGGAGUACAUGUCACAGGAGCUACAAAAGCCUCCCGGCGCUAGGCCGAGGCGCCACUUUGCUUUGCUUUCUAGUCUUAGGCCGCCGCUUCUUAGACCGCCGUGGCUUAGGGAGCUCCUUUGUCGGGGCUCGUCAAUGGACUACUUCGUAGAACUCAAACAAACUUAAAAACCAUCGUGUAUCUGCCACGUCAGCAACUUGCGUGGAGAUACGUGGCGAA